AUGAGUUCUGACCCUGGGUCCGAGGACUCGGUCGUCUGCGAUGUCCAUUUCCAACAGCUCUCGCCAUAUACCGUCCGCGGCAUCCUACUCGACACGAAGUGGACCCGCUGCCGGUAUCCUUCACUUUGUUACCCAAGCCACAUGGGCAGUCUAGCUGGUCAGGUACGCGCGCCAUACCUUCCUAUCGCCUGUGAGCUGAGCCCAAAUGGCCAUCGAUUCCUCCCGGACAAGACACUGGACGAGGUGUGCCCAGACUGGAGACAAUACAUGACUGGAAAGACACCCCUCCCUCCAACCUACAGCCAUCUACAAGGUGCUUGGGACGCGUGGUGCAAGAACGAACGACGACGCUACUUCGAGCUCGGAGUGCCUUAUCCUACUGUUGCUGGGACUGCAAAAUGGAUCCCAUUUGGUCCAAAGAAACAGCCAAUGGGCCCGGAGUGCUACGAGGCCUUGGGAGAGCAUCAAUAUGACCUCCUUCGGGUUAACGCUGAGGUCACUGUUUCAGUGCCGGGCUCGCUGAUUGAUAGUGGGAGAGCCCCCAGCAUUGGCCUGGUUCGACAAAUGGGAGAUGAGAGAUCUACAGCUUGCGGGAAAGAAAGAGAGAAACCAAACGAAUGGAAUCUGCCCCAAGAGAGUAUUCGCGUGAAACAUCCGGCGACCUGGCUUCCACGCGGUACUGCAAUUGAACUUUGGAGCGAUGGUCUGUUCGAUAUCCCUGGUACGCGGUGGGAUAUUGGAAGCCUCGGGCGCGUGCAAGAAAGUGAUUGGGAAUUACUGAGCCAUGCUGAACUUUGA